UAUAUCUCUUAUUAUAUAGUCCGGUAUAUUUAUUUACCACAUUACUUCAGUUAUAUCUCUUUUUAUAUAGUCUGGUAUAUUUAUUUACCACAUUACUUCCGUUAUAUCUCUUUUUAUAUAGUCUGGUAUAUUUAUUUACCACAUUACUUCCGUUAUAUCUCUUUUUAUAUAGUCCGGUAUAUUUAUUUACCACAUUACUUCCGUUAUAUCUCUUUUUAU